GAUCACCUGUAUUGUAACGAGUGUUCUAUACCUGAAAGUUAACAUUUCAUUUUUGUUUAUCUAAACCGGAAAGUAACUCAACAGAUGAGGCAAUCAGAUAAGACAAAUUGAAUUACAAGAAUUUCAACUUGAUCACCAAUGAAAGCAGGAGGUAGAGCAUAUCAGAACCAGUGGACAAUGUAUGAUAAUAGCUGAAAAUCAAAUGGUAACAUAAGAAAUGAAGCCAAAAUUCUUGAAGCAAACCAACAGAAGAACUGUUGACAGACAAAUAAAACGUCCUAAAGAAUGUGACAGACAAACGGUGACUCAAACUGGAAGUGUAGGCUCUCUAAUAGAGAAGAAAGAAAAUGAAGAAUUCGAUGAAGAUUUUCUCCAAGAACUCGACGCAUGUGAAAACAGUCAAAGUGGAACCUUAUUGAAUCAGGAAAAAUGUGGAGGCACAUUACAAACCGAUUCCAAAAGAACCCAUUUGAUGACAGCAUUUGGAACUGCAACAAACUUGGAUCCAUUGAAUGAUAAAAAGUGUAAUGAAUCACUCGUUGAACAUUAUUCUGGGCCAGGUAAGGAACUUGAAAGUUCGCACGUCGGAACUGCUCUUCACAACAAGAAGAAAAACAGGAAUCGUCGACAACGAAGAGGCAGGCGCAAUAAGUCACCCUUUGAAAAUAAAGUAUCUGAAGAAGAUAAUGAAUGCGAUCCGGUUCUAGAGAUGACAGGGAGAGGAAAAGUUUGUAACAAGAUCGAGAACAUCAAUCAUGCUAAAAAGGCGGCGUUGCCAAAAACAACACAACCAAGGCAUGGCAUUUUUAAUGAUUGUACAACACUUAAAGAUAAUGUUCCAAGAAGACAAGGUGAAACUCUUGAUAUCGGCAGCGAAACAGAAAAUAAAAAUUAUGAGAGCAAAACCGAAUAUGUUGAUGCUUCAUCUAGUGAUAGAUAUGCGAAACAAACUGACCCGGAACCAGUUCGUAUUAAUCUGUCAAGAAUCCCUUCGGCGGAAAUCCGAAACCAAAUUUUAAUGGAAAUCUAUAAAACGAUGGUGCGUUCAAGAAAAGAGGUUCAUUCUCUUGACGAGCUCUCUGGUAUGUUUCAAUCUAUCAAAAGUUUUCAUAUUAUAUAUGAUAAUAUGACAGAUAUAACGUCUCUGCUGGAAAGAAAUGAAGACAAAUUUGUCAUUACCUACAGUGAAAUGGACGAACCUUUGUUUUCUGUCAAAACAGACAUGGCAAUAUGCGCUAUUUUCACAAAUGACACGUGCCAAAGUCACAUGUGUCACGAUUUGCAUAUUUGUAAAUACUUUUUACUCAGUAAGUGCUCUAUAAAGAACUGCAAGUUCGGCCAUAAUCUUUCAACAGAUCAUAACAGAAAGGUGUACAGGCAUUAUGCUCUUGACGGCGUAGAUAAGGAAUCCAAAUUGCGUUUGCUAAGGUACAUUGAAAGUAGAAAUAUUUCCACGAUGCCUUUGAUGUGUAAAUUUUUCAACAACGAAGGUGGUUGUAAAAAAAACAAUAAUUGCACACAUCUUCACUUAUGCAAGAACUAUAUAAAUAAUGAUUGUAAAUUCAAUAAAAGGUGUAAAAGAUGUCAUAACAUACUGGCUAAACAACCACUAUCUGUGCUAAAAAGGUAUGGUUUAAAUCCAAAUAGUUUCAACAUUGACAAACUACUUAGUAUAUUAAAAGAUACUUUGGAAAAUGGAGAUGUUGUUCUGAAAAGAGACAUUCAGCAUAACAGAGGUGUAAGAGCAGAUCGACACAAUAGCUUGAGUAGUAUAAAUGAUGUACACGAAUCAAGUACAAGUGAUACAUCAUCAAGCGAGAUGUCAGACUCAGAUGAAGAUGAUGAAACUGACAACGAUUGGAAGGAACAGACGUUAGAAUCGUAUGGAUUUGUAGAGCAGGACUCAUCCUUUGAACAAACUGAUGGUGAACGCCAAGGAACUCCUGAGAAUGACCUUUCGUUGCUGCACAAAAAUGAACACAUUGCAGAUUGUGGUGAAAGAAGACCUUUUUGUGGGCAUUCGACUUCACUUACGGGACAGAAAAAGGAUUUACCCACUGGCAAUGGUCAUCAGGGUGACACAGAACCAAUAAUGACAUUUGAAUCACAAAUAGAGAAAAAGCAAUUCGUGGUCCGAAAAGUGAAUGGACGCUUAGUUAUAUGGAACAAAUUAGGAAACUGGUAUAAUAUGAAUGAAGAAGAUUCAGCGAGAUUAUUGCAGCUACAUCAAAAUUUCAUUUCUUUCGCAGAGAAACUUGAUGACCAUGAUGUUUAACAAA